AUGGAGCAAGCCGGAAGCCCCAACCGUGUAUUGGAUUACGUGCCCAUUGCGAGGCUUGUCUUUGCCCCCAUCCUGCUCUUGCACAAUGUGGUGCGACUGACCCUCCAGCAGUUCCAGGAUGAGACUGCUUACUGCGCCAUGAAGGUUGAAGAAAUGAUCGGGGCUGGUUUGGAUCUUCAGAAGGAUGCGAAUGACAAGCUUUUUUCCAUCAACAGGGAACGUCGUAGCAAGGGGUAUCCUCCCAUUAUGGCUUUUGUCUACGAAUUCGACUUUGUUGGAGUGUGGUGGGUCCGUUACAUGGUUGGUGAUGGUCCUGGUCGAAUGAUGCUACCUCAUGUGAACGCCUUCAUCGAUUUGUCCAUCUUUGAAAGGCUGUUUCAAAUCAAGUUGAUUCUGCCCGAUCCAUUCAAGGAACCAGCCAAGACUACGUUGUUUUGUCAGAUUUGGAGCUUCGAUGAAGAUGAAUACAUCAUGCGGUACCAUCGUUGGCUGAGUGACAUUGACCUUUUGACCGAACACAUUGAAGUCUCCAGUGAUGACGAAGAUGAAGUGAACAUGGGAGGGAUCAACCUUGGCCGGCUGGAACGUCUUUUGGACAAUGAUGAUAGUUCUUCGGAUGACUCUGAUGAUGAACCAGUCAAUGACAAUGACGACAAUGACGAUGAUGGAGACGACGGCGAUGAAGGUGGUGCUGGAGUCUUGAUUCAUCCUGAGUCUCAAGUGGAAGAAGGAUCGGAGGAAGAAGGAUCGGAGGAAGAAGGAUCGGAGGAGGAAGGAUCGGAGGAGGAAGGAUCGGAGGAGGAAGGAUCGGAGGAGGAAGGAUCGGAGGAGAAUGAAGAAGCCACCGAGAAUGAAGAAGCCACCGAGAAUGAAGAAGCCACCGAGAAUGAAGAAGCCACCGGGAAUGAAGAAGCCACCGAGAAUGAAGAAGCCACCGAGGAUGAUGAGGAUGAUUCGAAGAAGCGAUCUGUGGAUGAGAGUAGCGAUGAUGAUGAGAGCCCCACUAAGAAGAAGAAGACCAAUGCUGUGGACACUGACAAUACAGAGGAAUCCGAAGAGGAGGAAACCGAUGACGACAACGAGGACACAGCAGAGGAAGAGGAAGAGGUCGCCCCCAUUGGGGGCGAUACUGCUGAAUCGGAAGAAGAGACCAGCGAGAAUGACAAUGGGGAUGAUGAAGAAGAUACUGGUUUGUAUCCGGUGCUCCUGGCAACCGGAAGCUGGUCUUAUUGA